AUGCAUGUGCCGUUUUUCCUGGACACAGUUUUGGAUACUCUGACUGCGGGCACUUGUAUUCCGGUCGAAGCAUUGGCCAAACGUCUUCUCGAGUUACGAUUGCCACGCGAAGUUAUCGACACCAGCACCAAAAUGGCCCUGGGUCGCGGUCACUAUGGUCAAGUCACUAAGGCACUGUUAAGACCGGUUGUCAUGGCGGCCGGAGCUACGACAAGGGAGGCUUUUGAAGAGGAGACGACUGGAUCUAGACCCAUCCAUUUGGCAGCGGGUCCAUGUUUGCCGGUGGCCGUGAAACGGCCCGUCCCAGACCGGUAUUCAAGUUUAGUCUGUUUCCGCAGCGAACUCCGUCUAAUGGCCAGACUCCCAGCCAACCGGAAUGUCGUUCAGCUCUUGGGUGUGGUCUUCGGUUUCCGGCCCAGCCUGGUCGAUGCAAUGUUGGUGCUCGAGUUCUGCGAGAAGGCCAGUCUGAGUGAUUACCUUCAGGAGCAAGUCAAGUUUUCUUAUUUAAUUACCCUGGCGCCUUGGUUGUAUCCGGCCCUUGUAGAGAAGGUCGUCAUUCUCAGGCACUUUAGACGGUCUUAUUUGGGGGCAGCAUCUCGGACCUCGUUGAUGCAUCAGGCCAGCCUCAGCGUAUUGGCUUCCGUUAAAGUCAUCUUUAAAUUAGACCAUUUCAUCGAAGCGCUCAGGAGGCUGGCCCGACUGUCUAUACACUUUCGGCUUUUUCAUGAUCUGGAGGAUUUUGUGUUUAUUCUGGCAUUUAACCUGUUUCUAACCGCCGGCUACAGAUGCACAAUUGGACAGCAACGAGAGAUGGGAAUGCGACAUGCUAUGGAGGCAGGGUAG